AUGGCUCCUCGCUCCCUGGGAGAGUCAGAGACAGAAACACAGCGGCUGAGGAGGGACAGGAGGUAUUUGGAAAGUGAAGUGGGAUCAGAGGAGGAGGACACAGAGGGAGACUGUCAGCCUCUGGAAUCUGCAGCCAUUCACAUCUGUCUCUGUUGCCACUCUGCUGUCUGCUAUUGGGGCUGUCGCUCCAACUGCCUGGGAAACCUGCUGGGGGAGGACACUACUGGAGGGAUUGGAGGGACCGGAGUUGGCAGUGGUAACGAUUUAAGGGAGACUCGCUGCCCCCCAGAGGAGGGCCUGUGGCUGGACUGCCUCUGGCUGAUCCUGGCUCUUCUCGUCUUCUUUUGGGAUGUGGGAACAGACCUACUUCUCGCUGCGGACUACUACACCAGACAGGACUAUCUGUGGUUUGGUCUGACGCUUUUUCUUGUACUGGUGCCGUCGAUGGUAGUUCAGAUCCUUAGCUUCCGCUGGUUCAUCCAGGACUACAGCGGAGAGUGUCUGACAACCUGGCUGGGGACAGUGGACUGCAGCAAGGGAGGAGAGAGAGAAAAGCUGACCAGGCGAGGUCCAGCCGAACAAAGAUGGAUUUAUCCCGGGACAGACCGGGUCAGAGUGGCCUCAGUGUGGCUGUGGCAGAUCACCAUACACAUUCUACAGCUGGGACAGGUCUGGAGGUAUAUCCGUACGUUGUACCUGGGUAUCCAGUCGCACCGUAUGAAGGAGCUUAAGGAGGCCCAGAGGAGGUUCUACUGGGCCAUGAUGUUUGAGUAUGCAGACGUCAACAUGCUGCGGCUACUGGAGACCUUCCUGGAGUCAGCUCCUCAACUAGUACUACAGCUCUGUAUUAUGAUACAGCAGAACCGGGCUGAGACUCUACAGUGUAUAUCUAGUCUAGGCUCUCUUCUGUCUCUAUCCUGGGUGUUGGCUUCGUACCACAAGCUCCUGCGUGACUCCAGGGACGACCAGCGCAGUCUGAGUUACCGCGGUGCCCUUCUCCACCUUCUCUGGCGCCUCUUCACCAUCUCCUCCCGCGUUCUCUCUCUCGCCCUCUUCGCCUCCCUCUUCCACCUGUACUUUGGCAUCUUUGUGGUGCUCCACUGGUGUGGCAUGGCACUGUGGGUGGUGCAUGGAGGAACAGACUUCUGUAUGUCUCGCUGGGAGGAGGUGCUAUUUAACAUGGUGGUGGGGAUCGUCUACAUCUUCUGUUGGUUCAACGUCAAGGAGGGACACACCAGGGGACGCAUGGUUGCUUACUACUCUGUGGUACUGGCUGAGAAUACACUUCUCACCGGACUGUGGUAUGUGUAUCGUGACCAUGCAGACACAGACAACUACGCGGUGCCAGCGUUGUGUGGUGUCUACCUGUCCUUUGCGGGUGGAGUACUGGUGAUGCUUCUAUACUACGGCCUUCUCCACCCCUCUCACACACACCCCACCCCGGCCUCAACCUGCUGUGACGAGCUGCUGUGGGGUAACCCCCUGCCCCCCUCCGCCACACCAACCCCAGCCCAUCUGGCCACCCUUUCCCACAGUGAUGACGUCAUCGCAGACAGCUGUCUGCCGGUGUUCCAGGUGCGUUCAGAGCCCCCCACCUCACGCCAUUUCGAGGGUCCUCUGAUAAAGAUUGACAUGCCCAGGAAACGUUACCCGGCCUGGGACGCUCACUACGUGGACAGACGGCUGCGAAGAACCAUCAACCUACUGCAGUACCUGACACCUGCAGCCGCAGGCAUUCGAUACAGGGACAGAUCUCUGCUCUAUGAACUACUGCAGUACGAGUCUUCUCUCUGACACACAUAUACAUAUACAUACAGUUGAAGUCGGAAGUUUACAUAUACUUAGGUUGGAGUCAUUAAAACUCGUUUUUCAACAACUCCACAAAUUUCUUGUUAAACUAUAGUUUUGGCGGUCGGUUAGGACAUUACUUUCUGCAUGACACAAGUAAUUUUUCAAACAAUUGUUUACAGACAGAUUAUUUAACUUAUAAUUCACUGUAUCACAAUUCCAGUGGGUCAGAAGUUUACAUACACUAAGUUGACUGUGCCUUUAAACACCUUAGAAAAUUCCAGAAAAUGAUGUUAUGGCUUCAUAAGAUUCUGAGAGGCUAAUUGACAUAAUUUGAGUCAAUUGGAGGUGUAUCUGUGGAUUUAUUUCAAGGCCUACCUUCAAAAUCAGUACCUCUUUGCUUGACAUCAUGGGAAAAUCAAAAGAAAUCAGCCAAUACCUCAGAAAAACAAUUGUAGACCUCCACAAGUCUGGUUCAUCCUUGGGAGCAAUUUCCAAACGCCUGAAGGUGCCACGUUCAUCUGUACAAACAAUAGUACUCAAGUAUAAACACCAUGGGACCACGCAGCCGUCAUACCGCUCAGGAAGGAGACACGUUCUGUCUCCUAGAGAUGAACGUACUUCGGUGUAAAAAGUGCAACUCAAUCCCAGAACAACAGCAAAGGACCUUCUGAAGAUGCUGGAGGAAACAGGUACAAAAGUAUCUAUAUCCACAGUAAAACGAGUCCUAUAUUAACAUAACCUGAAAGGCCACUCAGCAAGGAAGAAGCCACGGCUCCAAAACCGCCAUAAAAAAGCCAGACUACGAUUUGCAACUGCACAUGGGGACAAAGAUCAUACUUUUUGGAGAAAUUUCCUCUGGUCUGAUGAAACAAAAAUAUAACUGUUUGGCCAUAAUGACCAUCGUUAUGUUUGGAGGAAAAAGGGGGAGGCUUGCAAGCCGAAGAACACCAUCCCAACCGUGAAGCACAGGGGUGGCAGCAUCAUGUUUUGGGGGUGCUUUGAUGAAGGAGGGACUGGUGCACUUCACAAAAUAGAGGAGGAAAUUAUGUGGAUAUAUUGAAGCAACAUCUCAAGACAACAGUCAGGAAGUUAAAGCUUGGUCGAAAAUGGGUCUUCCAAAUGGACAAUGACCCCAAGCAUACUUCCAAAGUUGUGGCAAAAUGGCUUAAGGACAACAAAGUCAAGGUAUUGGAGUGACUCAGUUACACCAGCUCUGUCAGGAGGAAGGUGCCAAAAUUCACUCAACAUAUUGUGGGAAGCUUGUGGAAGGCUACCCGAAAAUUUUGACCCAAGUUAAACAAUUUAAAGGCAAUGUUACCACAUACUAAUUGAGUGUAUGUAAACUUCUGACCCAUUGGGAAUGUGAUGAAAGAAAUAAGAGCUGAAAUAAAUAAUUCUCUCUACUAUUAUUCUGACAUUUCACAUUCUUAAAAUAAAGUGGUGAUCCUAACUGAACUAAAACAGGUCAUUUUUACUAGGAUUAAAUGUUAGGAAUUGUGAAAACUGAGUUUAAAUGUAUUUGGCUAAGGUGUUUGUAAACUUCCGACUUCAACUCUAUAUACAUGUGCGCACAUGUAGCCGAUUUGAAAUGGCUAGCUAGUCAGUGGUGCGUGCUUGUAGCAUUCGGUGACAUCACCGGCUCUGAGACCUAAACUGAACAGAAAUAUAAAUGCAACUUGCAACAAUUUUCAAGAUCUUACUGAGUUACAGUUCAUAUAAGGGAAUCAGUCAACUGAAAUAAAUUCAUUAGGCCCUAAUCUAUAGAUUUUACAUGACUGGGAAUAAAGAUCUGCAUCUGUUGUUCACAGAUACCUUUUUUUAAAAGCUAGAGGCAUGGAUCAGAAAACCAGUCCGUAUUUGGUGUGCCUACCAUUUGCCUCAUGCAGCGCGACACAUCUCCUUCACAUAAAGUUGAACGGGCUGUUGAUUGUGGCCUGUGGAAUGUUGUCCCACUCCUCUUCAAUGGCUGUGCGAUGUUGCUGGAUAUUGGUGGGAAAUGGAACACGUAGACGUCGAUGCAGAGCAUCCCAAACAUGCUUAAUGGGUGACAUUAUCAGCUUCCAGGAAUUGUGUACAGUUCCUUGUGACAUUGGGCUGUGCAUUAUCUUACUGAAACAUGAGGUGAUGGAUUAAUGGCACGACAAUGGGCCUCAGGAUUUCUUUAAGAUAUCUCUGAGCAUUCAAAUUACCAUCGAUAAAAUGCAAUUGUGUUCAUUGUCCAUAGCUUAUGCCUGCCCAUACCAUAACCACACCGCCACCAUGGGGCACUCUGUUCAUUGAAAUCAGCAAACCGCUCACCCUCAUGGCGCCAUACUGUCUGCCAUCUGCCCGGUACAGUUGAAAUCAGGAUUCACGCUUGAAGAGCACACUUCUCCAGCAUGACAGCGGUCAUCGAAGGUGAGCAUUUGCCCACUGAAGUCUGUUACAAUGCCGGUGAGGACAACGGUGAGGACAACGAGCAUGCAGAUGAGCUUGCCUGAGAGGGUUUCUGACAUUCUGUGCAGAAAUUCUUCGGUUGUGCAAACCCACAGUUUCAUCAGCUGUCCGGGUGGCUGGUCUCAGACAAUCCCGUAGGUGAAGAAGCCGGAUGUGGAGGUCCUAGGCUGGCGUGGUUACACAUGGUCUGUGUUGUGUGACAAAACUGCACAUUUUAGAGUGGCCUUUUAUUGUUCCCAGCACAAGGUGCACCUGUGUAAUUAUCAUGCUAUUUAAUCAGCUUCUUGAUAUGCCACACCUGCCAGGUGGAUGGAUUAUCUAACACAACGUGCCAUUAGCUAACACAACAUGCGAUUGGAACACAGGAGUGAUGGUUGCUGAUAAUGGGCCUCUGUACACCUAUGUAGAUAUUCCAUAAAAAAUCUGCCAUUUCCAGCAACAAAAGUAAUUUACAACAUUUAGAAUGUAUUUCGGAUCAAUUUGAUGUUAUUUUAAUGGACAAAACAAUUGCUUUUCUUUCAAAAACAAGGACAUUUCUAAGUGACCCCAAAACUUUUGAACGGUAGUGUAUAUAUAAAUAGCUGCUUGAAAGCGGUCUUCUAGCUGUGAGUUUAUAUUCCUAAAAUGUAGUUGCCUCCCCUUUUGCCCUCCGAACCGCCUCAAUUUGUCAGGACUUGGACUCUACAAGGUGUCGAAAUGUUCCACAGGGAUGCCGGCCCAUGUUGACUCCAAUGCUUCCCACAGUUGUGUCAAGUUGGCUGGAUGUCCUUUGGGUGGUGGAUCAUCCUUGAUACACACACGAAACUGUUGGUUGUGAAAAACACAGCAGUGUUGCAGUUCUUGACACACUCAAACCGGUGCGCCUGGCACCUACUACCAUACCCCGUUUAAAGGCACUUAAAUAUUUUGUCUUGCCCAUUCACCCUCUGAAUGGCACACAUACACAAUCCAUGUCUCAAUUGACUCAAGGUUUAAAAGUCCUUCUUUGACCUUUCUCCUCCUCUUCAUCUACACUGAUUUAAAUGGAUUUAACCAGUGACAUCAAUAAGGGAUCAUAGCUUUCACCCGGUCAGUAUAUGUCAUGGAAAGAUUUUCUGUACUCAGUGUAUAUUUCAAUGUACAGAGAUGUGUGUGUGUACUAUGUGUGUUGUGACUGAGCUGUGAGUUCAGCAGUCUGUUAUGUUUGCUUUUGUCUGCUCAGAAGGGUACAACAUUACAGAACUUUAAGAUAGAAAUGUAUUGUGUAGAACAGAUAUGAUUGUCUGUCAUGUAGUUACGGGAUAUGUCGUGCUCUUUCUGAUAACCUCAUAUCUGAGGUUGUCAUGGUAACAAAGACCUUUACCUAAAUUCACCUGACAAUCCCUCCACCAAUCAACACUAAGCCUUCCACUGAUCAACUUCAUAUGGUGCAAAUACAGAAUAUACAUUAUGUUAAUAUGUAUGUGAAAUUCAUUUGUUAACUUACUUUUGGUGCAAAUAUGUAUGAAUAUGUAUUAACUUAUUGGUGGACAAAUAUAUAUGAAUUUCAUAUGGUGCAAAUAUAUAUUAACUUAAUUUAUUAAAGCAAUAAUACACUUGAGGGUAUGCUUUUUGAGUCACAAGUGAACUCAGCAUUCUACAUUUGACUUCUAACCUCUCUCUGUUUCUGUUCUGGGUCUAAGGUAACAGAAGGGUCUCGUUUUGUGCCCAAAUUCUGAGACUCAAUCAGUUCAGAGAUGAGGCUGUAUUGAUGCAGGUUCACAUCAAAAUCUAGUUUAUACAGUACCAGUCAAAACUUUGGACACAUCUACUCAUUCCAGGGUUGUUCUUUAUUUUUACUAUUUUCUACAUUAUAGAAUGAUAGUGAAGACAUCAACAUUAUUAAAUAAUACAUAUGGAAUCAUGUAGCAACCCAAAACUGUUAAACAAAUAAAAAAUAUAUUUUAUAUUUGACAUUCUUCAAAGUAGCCACCCUUUGUCUUGAUGACAGAUUUGCAUACUCUUGAUAUUCGCUCAACCAGCUUCAUGAGUUAGUCACCUGGAAUGC